GGCUGUUCUUGUAAAUUAUAAAGUUAAGUACUAUUCUAACUAGAUUAGUUUACAAAUUAUAGUGUUUAGGACAAGUGCAUUACACUGACAUCAUUUUUGGAUAUUUAUUUACUGGGACUGAUUCUAAUUUGUGACUUUAAAUAUGGCUCCGCAUCUGCUCAGCAACACAAACCUUCUUCUUGCCGAAGUAAAUGAAACACAGAAGACACACCUGUCGUCCAAAGAAACUUACCAACCGACGCAGACCACUCAAGCUAAACCUGCUAAAAAGGAAAAAAGCGAUGGAUCGGAAAUAGUAUGGCUUAAUGUAAUGGUAUUUAUUCUGCUACAUUCUGCGGCUUUGUAUGGAUUGUGGCUGAUGUUGUCCCUACAAACUUCAUGGAAGACAUUUGUAUUUAGCGCAAUCUACUUAUCAUUCGCCAGUACAGGAGUGACUGGAGGAGCGCAUCGUCUCUGGGCGCACAGAGCCUACAAAGCGAAGCUGCCCUUCAGGAUAUGGUUGAUGUUGGGACAGACAGCAGCUUUGCAGAACGACAUCUACGAAUGGGUCAGGGAUCACAGAGUCCACCACAAAUUCACAGACACCAAUGCCGAUCCCCAUAACUCCACUCGUGGAUUCUUCUUCUGUCACGUAGGAUGGCUGAUGAUGAAAAAGCACGAAGACGUUAAGGUUAAAGGAAAGACCAUCGAUAUGAGUGACGUAGCUGCUGAUCCUGUAGUCAGGUGGCAAAGAAAAUACUACAUCCCACUGGUAACUCUUUUAACUUUCUUACUGCCAACCUAUGUGCCAUACUAUUUCUGGAAAGAAGACUUUAUGAUGUCUUUCUUCGUGUGCAUAUUCAGAUUUGUGUUGCAGUUGAAUGGUACCUGGUGUGUCAACAGUGCUGCACACUUGUGGGGAUACAAGCCUUACGAUGGAUCAAUCAAUCCAGUAGAAAACCGUUUCGUUUCAGCCAUCGGUUUUGGAGAAGGUUGGCACAACUACCACCACACCUUCCCAUGGGACUACAAAGCAGCCGAACUUGGCAACUACAAAAUGAACUACACCACCGCCUUAUUGGACUUCAUGGCACACAUCGGCCAAGCCUAUGACCUGAAAACUGUCUCCGCCGAAAUGAUAAGGAAGAGGGCACACAGAACCGGUGACGGCACGUGGAAAGACGGUAAGAUUGACAUUAACGCUGGUGUAGAGAAAAACCUUGACAAGAACCAGUUCUACGACGAUUGCGUUUGGGGAUGGGAUGACAAAGAUAUGACUGAAGAUGUUAGGAAAGAUGCCAAUAUUAAAAAUAAACAAUCGUAGGUUUGUGAUUUAUGCAUUAAAAGAAAACUAGUAAUCCAUAACUAAUAUUAUUUUGCCAUCAAGUCGUAAGUUCUUCAUGAAUUCACACUGAGUAAUUAACUCGUUUCUUGUUUUCUAACUCUAACUUGUUUUUCUUCUUCCAUCAAUUCAAUUACAAUUUGGACUAGAAUUUCUUCUUUUCUUUCUUCCUUUAUUAUACCUAUUCUUUGCAUUAACGAUUGCCUCAGAAUUAUACGAAUAUACCAAAUAUUUCCUACCACCGAGAAAUUUUUCCAGAUUUCAAAGUAGAUAAUCGUUGGAUAAUCAACCCUUUAUGUCUAUCUCGUCUACAAUACCAGCUUUUUUUAUUUUCUGAUUUCCUAUUACUGUCUGUUUGAGUUUUAAACUCUUCUAUCUAUCUUAAAAUCCUCAUGACAUACCAAAUACUUUUUAUUUAUAUAAAUAUCUUAUAUAUUCUCAUCUUCUUCUCGUUCUUCUUCAUCUUCUUCUUCUUCAUCUUCUUCUUCUUCUUCUUCUUCUUUUUCUUAUUUUUCAUCCAUUCCUUUUUUUUUCUCUUAUCAAAUUAUUAUCAACUGGUCUUUGCAGCGUAUCAUUAUUGAGCAUCAAAGUUUGUUAUUUCGCAUUUAUCAGUAGCAGUAAUAUGUGCAUGGGCUAGGAUAGAAUCGACUUGACAAUUUAGGAAUCAGUAAAAGAAAAAAUAACGAAGUAAUAUUAGAAUGACAAAAACCAAUACGAAAUAAUCAGUUAUGGGUUACGUUCAAGCUUAUUUACUUAUAAACACCACGUGUUGAUAAUACCUAUAUAUUUAAAUUAUUUAUAUUUAAAGUAUGUUUAGUGAUAAGAAUUAAUUGUCUUUAUGAUAUAUUGCCGUUUGUGAUAAGUAUAUAAAAUAGGUUUCGAAGAAAUUUAAAAUAUUUUUUAAAAGCUUUUAUAUUUCUUUUGGACUUGUUUCAACAUUCCAGAAUAAAUGUUGUAUAUAAAUA